AUGAAAGGCUCAAAAGGAAAUACUAAAAUGAUGAAAUGCAAUGAUAAUAUAGAAGAUAAUAAAAAAACGUGGUUAAAUAAUUUUAAUGAAAAAGAUAAAGCAAAUUUAAAGAAUGCAGGUGGUAAAAGUAUAAAAAAUGUAGCAUUAACAUUUUUCAAAGAACAUAAUAUUUAUAAUCGUGAAAAUAUAGAAAUAUUAAAUUAUUUUUGUCAAGAAAAAUUAGAUGACAAUUUAGUAAAUGAUGAGAUAAUCGAAUUUUUACAAACUGCAUUUUUUUUAUUUGAGUAUUUUAUUAAAGUAAACACUUUUAAAAUAAAUAAAAAAGAAUUUAUUGAAAAUGUUUGCGAAUGUUGUAAAAGAAUAUUAUUAAAAAAUAUUAUUAAAUAUGAAAAAGAAAUAUUAGACUUUUUAUUAAAAAAUUUAAUUAAUUUUAUUAACAAAUAUUCAUUUUCUUUUAUUUAUCAAUCAUUAUAUAACAUAUACCAGUAUCAAAACAAAAAUUUUAGAAAGCCAAAUGAAUAUAGAUAUGAUAAUUUAAGUUUUAUUCUCAAUAUUGAAUCUGUUAUUGUAAAUAACCAAACACUUUUGGUUAAUAAUAAUGAAUUUAUAGCAGACACUUUACUUUUAUUAGAUGAAAAUGACGAAAAAUACAUCAAAGAAAAAUAUUCUACGAUUAGAGGAGUUUGUGAAGACAACAAUAAUUUGGACUCUAAUCAAAAUGGUUCUUUAAAUAUAGAUAGACAAUAUAACUUCAUAAGUUAUGAUCUUAUGAGUAAUGAAACCAUUUCAGGGGAAUUAGAAAAAAACAAGGAUAAAGAAGAUGACGAAUCGAACGAUGAGAGUGGAAAAAAAACAAAAAAACGAACACGAACAACCCAAAAGGGAAAUAAAAAUAAUAUAAAAACAUCAAAAAAAAAAGACACUAUAUUAAAACAAAUAAGUGAUGAUUUAUCAAAUAUUCAUAAAAUAAAUAAAACAAAUGGAAAUUACAUUAUAGACCAAGAAUUUGUUUGCCUAUAUAUGUUUGUAUUUUUUAAAGGUUGUUUUGAUAAUAUAAAUUUUUAUUUAAUAGAAAAAUUUAUUGAAAAUUAUUAUAUGAAUGAAAAUAAAGAAAAUAUCUAUAAAGAAUUGUUUUUAUUCUUAUUUUUAAUAUAUAAAGACAAAAUGCACAAUAUUGUUAAUAGAAUACUAACAGAUACAAUAAAAAGUUUAAAUAAUAGUGACAAUAUAGAUAUACGAAUGCGAAAAAAGAAAAAAAAAAAUAACGACGAUAAUUCACUAGACACAAAUUGCUAUGUUUCAGAUUGUUUAUUUUAUUAUGAAUUAUUAAUAAAUAUAAUAACAUAUAAUAAUUUACAGUAUGAAAAUAAUUAUGAAUAUUAUAUAAACAUUCUUAAAUUACUAAAUGAAAACGAUCAUUUUCAAAAUUUGUUUAUACAUUCCUUUUUUUUUGUUUAUAUCAGUACAAAAGAUGUUAAUAUAAGAAGUAUACUUUUAAUUAAUUUUAUAAAAUAUCAUUCAAAAAAGCAUCACAUUUUAUUAAAAUUACUUAGCCAAAUAAAAAAUAUUUUCGCAAUAAUAUAUGAUAUAAACAAUAAUAAUAUUAUAUAUAAUAUUAAUACAUUUAAUAAAAUGUCUAUUUCAGAUUUUAUGUGUUGUGGAAAUAACGAGUUAAAAGUUAAAUAUAGCUACCUUUUUCAUAUCGCAGAAAAUAUUAUUAUCGAUAAAUAUAUAAACUUAUUUUUUAAAGAAACAUAUUAUAUUAUUAGUAGAAUUAAUCUCAACUAUUUUUGUCAUGCUACCAAUUUAUACCUUUGUAUAUAUGACAAAAUUUUUAAUAAAACAAUAAAUAUUAUAUAUGAAAAUGAAAUGAAUUUAAAUGAUGAGGCUUUUAGUGCGUGUAAAAAAAUAUUAAAACCUUUUCUAUUUAUCUAUGUAGAAUUAUUUGAUAGUUUAACACAAAAAUUAAAAAAAAAUAUAUUUGAUGAUAAAGUUAUGUUCUCAUUUUCCUUUAUAAAAAAAUACCUUUUAAAAAAUAUGUAUGAAAGGACAUACCUACAAAAAGAUUUAUUUGGUGUCAUAUAUCAAAUAUAUUUUUUUAUAUACACAUUGAAAUAUAAAUUUAUUAACUUUUUGAAAAUAUAUAUAGAAACAAAAAGAAACAUAAAAGAAAAUCUAGAGGCUUUUCUUAAACUAAAAAUCGAGUAUAUCAAAACGAAGAAAACAGAUGAAUUAGAAACCGAUCAAAUGAAUUAUUUGAAUAUGAAUGAAGGUGAUAAUAUUAAUGAAAAUCUCAAAAAUGACGCUGCAGAUAAUAAUAAACUAGCUUGCCUUGAUCAAGAAGAAUGUUCAAAUUCCAAAAAAAAUAGUGAUAAUGAUAUUGAAGAUAAUAGCAACAAUGAAGAUGAAGAAGACAGUAGUGAUAGUGAAUAUAGUUAUUCGUAUAUGUAUAAUAACAAUCGAAAAAAUAAAAAAGAAAAUAUAAAAUCUCAAGAAAAAAAAAAAAAUUCAAAAAAAAAUGGGAAUAAACAGGAUGACGAUAAAAAAGAGAAUAAUAAAAAUAAUAGUGAUGAAGAUGAAGAAAUAAAUAAAAAUUUGGAUGAAUAUAUAAUGAUGAAUGCUGGACAAGGAAAUAAGUUACCAUGCAAUCAAAUGGAAAUGAACAAAAUUAAAAUAAUUAAUUUUUUUCAAAAAAAUUACCUUUUAUUAAGAUAUUUUGAUGCUAAUGUGGAGCAAAUAUUAGAAGAGUAUUGCACAGACGAAACACUCACAAAGUUUUCUUCUACUUCUUGUACAUUAGAAUCAAAUAACAAUAAUAUAAAAUAUUAUACCGAAAAUGGACAAAUAAAGAAUAACAUAUUGAAUGGAAUAAAAGAUAAUAGUAAUAGUAUAAAAAGUGGUAACUUUAUUGGAAAAAAUAAACAUACAACUGUAAAUUCUGAAGAAAAAAUAAGGUUUAUUAAAAAGUUAAGAAUAUUUUUUGAUAAAAACAUACCAGUUGAUGAAAUAAUAAAUAGUAUGUUUAUAAAUAAUAAAGAUAAUGUCUAUAGCAAAAUUUUAAAAAAUAAUUUGAUAAUAAUUAAAGAGUUCAAAAAUUUAAGACUGGAUGUAAUUUAUCCUAUUUUUAAUGCUAGUUUAGCAUUACUAUUUGACGAUUUUUAUUUUUUCAUUAUACAAAAUAUAAAGUUAGUGGUCGAGGAAAAAGAAAGAUGUUUUUCUGAUUACAAAAUAUUUUUAAAUAUAUCUUUUAUUUUAUUGCACAUGUUUGCAAAAGAUAUUAAAAUAGAAAAAUAUUUAGUUUCGAUUUUUUAUAUGUUAAAGUUAUCUCUUAACAAAUUAAGGUCAAUCGAAAUUUUCGAACAAAAUGGAAAAGAAUCUGCAAUGGAUACUAUAUACAACAAAGAUGAAAAAACUUUUCGAACCAACAUAAAAUAUUAUAACCUUAAAAAAGAUAGUAAUAUUUUUAAAAAUAUAUCAGAAGAAGAAACAGGGCAAACAUCUUUAGAAUCGAAAAAUAAGGAAAAUAGCUCAUUAAAUAAGAUAGAAGAAAAAAUGCAAUUACAUCAAAAUAUUUUAUAUAUUUUUUUUAAAUUAUUGCAAAACAUUUUAAGACAAAAUAAUUUAUAUUAUAAUUUUAAAAGUAUAAUAUAUGAUAUAUUAUUUUCAGAAUAUUCAAAUAAAAAAAUCGUAUUCUCAUCUUUGAAAUGUGUUAUAGACAGAUAUAAAUUGGAGGAAACAUACAACUAUUGUUUAACUAUCUUGAAUUCUAUUACCGUGGAAAAAAAUCAUAUAUUAUACAAUAUAAUAAAUAAUGAUAAAGUACCUUUGUUAGAACCAAAAAUAGGUCAUACUGAUUCAAAAAAAAACGAAAGUGAUGAAGAUAAUAAUACAAAUGUAAUAAACGACCAAAAACAGACAAAUAAAAGUACAAAACAAGUUAAUGAAAAUAACACUCAAAAUUAUUGCCUUAAUAAAAGAAAAUGUAAUAAAACAAGCCAAAAUGAUAUCUCUAAUAAAUCCAUUAAUAUGGGCAAAGAAAAUAACCCUGAAAUCGAAAAUGAAACUACUGAAACGAAUGAAGCAAAUGAAACAAAUGAGGGAAGUACAGAUGGUAAUGUUAAUAAAGAUCAGAAUAAUUUAUUGUUAACAAUUUUACAAAAUACGAACGAGUUGAAAAAAAUUGUUUCUGAUCCAAAAAAUGGAAAAAAUCCAAAACUAUCCUCUCUCUAUAUAAAUUUACUUAUAUUGUAUUAUGUAUUUUCACAAAAAGGGAAAUAUAAAAAUCAGAAAAGAAUAUAUUAUAAUUGUAUAAAGACAGACAUAAGCAAUUGCUAUAAUAUUAUAAAUAAAUUACUGUGUAUCUUUUAUUAUAAUGAUAACUUAAAUUUGUACUAUCAUAAAUAUUUAAAAUACUUAUGUUUUAAAAUUUUUAAGAAAAUAUAUAACUUAUUUUCAAUAAAAGAAGUAGAUCUAUAUAUCGAUUUUUUGAAAAAAGGAAAUCAAAUAGACAAUAAAAUAUAUAAUGAUAAAAACAUAAAUGAUAUAAUUUGUUUAAAAAAUGAAAUAAUAUCUUUUUAUGAAUACAUAUUAAAUGAGGAAAUUGAAGUAUAUACAAAAAAAAAUGGCAAUAAAAUAAGUAACAAAAUAACAAUUUCUGAGAAUUAUAGAUUUUAUUUUGCUAAUAAUUUAAAAUGUGAUCAUAUUGUAUUAAAAAACGAUAACUUUAUAUUUAUGAUUAAUUCACUAUUAUUUAUUUUUAAUAUAAAAUAUGACAAAAUAACAUUUUAUAAAAUCGUGUCUAUAAUUUUAAUGGAAAAACCAGAAAAUCGAAAUUAUAUUUUAGAAAAAGUUAUAUCAUCAAUAAAAAAAUUUUUCAAUUUAAGUGAUAUAUAUAAUAAUUUAAAAAAAACAUUUAAUAAAAAUAACCAAAUAAGAUUACCAAAUUAUAUUGAAAACCAUUCGAUGUUGUUGUAUAUUAUUAGAACGACUAUACUCAUAUUUUUAUUAAUUGAUUAUAAUCAUUUAAAUAAGCAAGACAUUGAAAAAGAAGACUAUAUAAGCUAUAAUUCUUUUAAAAAUGAUUAUAUCAAAAAAAAAUCUAUAAAAUAUUAUUAUACUCAAUUAAACUUAUUACUUUUCAGAGUUUUUUAUAACGAAAAAAAUAUACCUUAUUUUUUCAAAAUAUUCUUUAGUACUUUAUAUUUUAUAUCAUUUAAAAAAAGUGAUGAAAAUUUAGUUUAUUUUUUUGAAAGAGUAUUUGAUCAUAAGGAAAAUAAUAAAUUCUCUUUUGAUAAGGACGAAAAAAGUGUCGAUUCAGUGAUAGAGGCAUUGGCUAAUAAAAGGCAGGAUGAAGACGCUUAUUUAUCGGAAAAGGGAGAAGAAUUAGAAAGGGAUGAAAAUAUUGAUAUAGAUAGUGACGAUAAAAACAUUAAAACAAAACAAAAUGAUUCUAAGAAAAACAAACAGAAUAAAAAUCAUAAUGAGAAAAAACAAUCCUUAAAAAAUAAUAAUAAAAAACGUAAAAAAAAAUCUUCUGAAAGUGAAAGUUCAGAAGAAAUGGACGAAGAAAUAUUAUUAGAAGAUUUCAAGAAAGACUAUCAUAAAAUUUUAAGAAAUAAAACACAAAAAGAAAAAACAAUACCAAACGAUUCUAAUGAAAAAAAAAACACUAAUAAUAAAAAUUGUAUUAACAAUGAUAAGGAUUAUAAAAAACGAGCUGCCAUAAUCGAAAGUUCCGAAGAAAAUUCUUCAGAUUCAGAUGUAUCAUACAAAAUAAACAUAAAAAAUAGCAAAAAGAAAAAGACUAGUAAUAAUAAAAAUGCACAAAAGAAAGAUGAACAGGAGGAGGAAUCCAACACAAGUUCGAGUGAUGAACAAAUUGCAAAAGAAAAUAAAAAUGAUGAUGAAAAUUCUGAUGGUGAAGAAAAAAAUGAGGAAAUUAAGAAACCAAAAGAGAUUGAAUUACAAACAGAAAAUGAAAUGAUACAAAAUAAUGAAAAUGGAUACGAACAAAACACACAUCAAGAAAUGGAAGAUAUAAGUAAAAUUUAUAGAAGUUACCAAUUUAAUGGAUCAUUAUGCUUAAAAAUUUUUAACCAUUUUAUAUUUUUAUGUAAAGGAUAUCAUGAAGAUUUAGAAUUAAAAAUAUACAAUGGAGUAGUUACACACUUAAAGGAAAACAAUAGUGAUAGGGAAAAACUAAAAAAACUUUUAAGAAAAAAUUAUAAUGAUUAUAGAAAAAAUCCCAUCAAGUAUAAAAAAAAAUUAGAAUUGCUCAAUAUAAUUGAGACGAAAAUUAUUUUCCUUAAUUUUAUAAAAGAAAAUUUAAAAAAAAGAAAAUCUCUUAUUUCAAGAAUCAGUGAAGUUAAUCUGAAUAUUUUUAAAAAUAAAUCCAUGUUCCAAAUUGAACUGGAUUUAAUAUAA